AUGGCGGCGAGUGCAGGAAGCUUGGAUGCUUUCUUGGCUCUUGCUGCUCGGCUUCCUCGAACAGCGGCUGCCGGAGGGCUCCGGCCGCAGCAUGCUGCCACUGCAGCUGAGCUGCUUCAGGAGGCAGAGAGGCUGGUCGCUGCACACCCGCAGCGCUCUGCGGAGAUCGCCAUGGUAGCGGGGCGAAUCAGCCCUAUAGCUGCGCAGCCUGGGCUGACGGAGUCGUUUGCUCGGAGAUACGGCGAGGUGGUUUCGGAACGCCUGCCUUCUUCCGAUGCAUGGACGAAGGUGCAUGCGCGCGAGGCUCUGGCUGCGUAUAUCGCUAUGGAGGGUCUCGGGAAAGCAGCCGGAGUCGCAACGCUCUCCGUGGCCUCCCGCGCCGCAGAAGGAUCCCAACUUCUGGAAGCACACGACCUCGCCGCCGCGCUGGCGCGCCUGGCGGCUGCCAGGAGUGCGCCCAGUGGCCGGGCGGAAGGAGCCAUUGGUAGCCAAGCAUCGCACUCAGCUCAUGAGGCCGCUGCUGCUGAUGUUGCCAUGGCACUGCAAAAAGCAAUGGCGGAACGUGUAGAAACACUGAAAGAGCUGAGUUCGCAGGACCUGUGCAACGCCUUGGUCGGCCUCGCCCGGUCGCCUCUUGUGCUCCCGGACGCUGCUGCAGCCGUUGCUGGCACGGCACGGGGUCGCGCUACCGAGCUCUCGCCGCGAUCCCUAUGGGACUUUGCGAGGGCGCUUGCCGAACUUUCAGCGGUGCUCCAAGGACCUCAGAAACAGCAGGUGUCGAGCUGUUUGGAGGCCACGUGGCCUGUGCUCGCCUCCUCGACCGAGCAGACGCUGCGACAAGAGGUGCAGGACGACCUUGGGCUUUGCCUCGCCGGUCUGGCGCGAUUGGCAGCCGCGCUCCCGCCGCAGUCGGAGGAAGCCUCAAGCUUCGUUUCGCAUGUGCUUCGCCCAAAUGCCGAAGGUCUGCUCAACCACUGCCAGGACGAGGAGCUCAGAUGGCUGGAGAUGGCUGGACCUCUGCUUCGCCUCGAGGGGCAGGAGGCCUGGGUCAGCCUGCUGAGACAACUGGCGCUGCAGUCACUGCCGGGGCUACCGCGUGGCGAGGAGAUGGCCUCCCGCUUUGUCUCGAUCUUGCAGUGGGUGGCUUCCUGCGAUGCCCAGGCCGCGUGCCCUCCUUUCUUCGACUUCGCGUUUCAGGAGCUCAGGCAUCGAGUGCAUGAGCUCCCACGUGCAGACAUCCGCCGCGCAGCUGAACUGCUAAGUCAGGUUCACCUGGAGCGACCUGACCUGCUGCCUUCUGCAGCAUCCGCUUUGGCUCGGGCAGCACGGCCGCCAGAAGAGCUGCCGGAAGUCGCGCUGUACCUUUCCACCCUGGCUGGGCUCUAUUCGCGCGUGGCGGCCUUGCCCAAGAGUGAGGAAGCUUCCAGCCAAGAGGAAAGACGAACCGCCUUGAUGGCUUUGGCGGAGAAGCUGUCGGGAGGGGCCGAGACGGUACAGGAUCUGCUCACUCCAAGCACCGUGGCACACGACGCUACCUUCCUGGCCCUAUCGGCCUUCGCACAGGCUGUAUGCAGGCCUGUGGAUGAUGUGCCGGCCGCCAGAGAGCUGGUUCUGCAGGCAGGCCUGCGACUCUUUGACAGCUUGUGCCACACCUGGAGCAGCGACGCAGAGGAGACAGGAGAGCCUCGGUUCUCUCCGCAGCAUGUGCACAUCUUCAUCACAGCCCUGCGCAGCUUCUGUGUGGGAAAGGGCUCUGCGUCACCUCCAGCAUCCUGCCUUGAUGUUCUACAAGGUGUGGUGCAGCACACGGUCGCAUCCGCGGCAGACAAGGAGGCGCGCCUUUGUCUCGCGGUUCUGCAGGAAUUGGCCGCUGAUCCGGCCUGUCCUGGCUCACUCAAGGCAAUCCUCCCAGGAAAGGAGGCGAACGAGGUGCACAGUAUGCAGGGCGGCGAACCAAGUGGCCCCGGUGGAACUGCCCAGCGGCGCUUGCGGGCUGCGAUGGCCGCUUCGCCGGGAAGUGAAGGAGCCGGUGGCUUUGCGAGAGAAGGUCAGGAGCGUGGCUUCCUGCGGCGGAUGUUUGGGCUCUAG